GUGGCAAAGCGGCCUCUAGUGACUGGAAAUCAAACACAGUUCCUGUGUAAGCACAUUUCGUUUGUUCUUUCCCAGGGAGUCCGCCAUUGUUGGCGCACGUAGAUUUUUAACUAAGCCAACGAUAAUCGAAAAACAUCCAAUAUGGUGAACUUCACCGUAGACGAGAUCCGUACCAUGAUGGACAAAAAGAAGAAUAUCAGAAACAUGUCCGUCAUUGCGCACGUCGACCAUGGAAAGUCAACUCUGACAGACUCCCUUGUGUCCAAGGCAGGUAUUAUUGCCGGUGCCAAGGCUGGUGAAACCAGAUUUACUGAUACUCGUAAAGAUGAGCAAGAAAGAUGUAUCACCAUCAAGUCAACUGCCAUUUCCAUGUUCUUCGAACUUGAUGAGAAAGAUUUGGUCUUCAUUACCAAUCCAGAUCAACGUGAUAAAGAAGAAAAAGGUUUCUUGAUCAAUUUGAUUGAUUCUCCUGGGCACGUUGACUUCUCCAGUGAAGUAACAGCUGCUCUUCGUGUCACUGAUGGUGCUCUUGUCGUCGUCGAUUGUGUAUCUGGUGUUUGUGUCCAAACUGAAACUGUACUUCGUCAAGCUAUCGCUGAGCGAAUUAAGCCUGUUUUAUUCAUGAACAAGAUGGAUCGCGCACUUUUGGAACUUCAACUCGACAGUGAAGAUCUUUAUCAAACUUUCCAGCGUAUCGUUGAAAAUGUGAACGUUAUUAUUGCCACUUAUUCCGAUGAUGAAGGUCCUAUGGGUGAAGUUAGAGUUGAUCCGAGUAAAGGUUCUGUCGGUUUUGGAUCAGGUCUCCAUGGUUGGGCUUUUACUCUAAAACAAUUUUCUGAAAUGUAUGCUGAGAAAUUCAACAUCGAUGUAGUGAAAUUAAUGAAACGUUUGUGGGGUGAAUCUUUCUUUAAUCCUAAAACAAAGAAAUGGAGCAAACAAAAAGAACCAGACAACAAACGUUCCUUCUGUAUGUACGUCUUGGAUCCUAUUUACAAGGUCUUUGACAGCAUCAUGAAUUAUAAGAAAGAAGAAGCAGAUACUGUUCUAAGUAAACUUGGAAUAACUUUGAAACCUGAAGACAAAGAUAAGGACGGAAAAGCUCUUUUGAAGGUUGUCAUGAGAACCUGGUUACCAGCUGGAGAAGCUUUACUUCAAAUGAUAGCUAUUCACCUUCCAUCACCUGUAACUGCCCAGAAAUACCGUGUAGAAAUGUUAUACGAAGGUCCUCAAGACGAUGAAGCCGCUAUUGGUAUCAAGAACUGUGAUCCAAAUGGUCCACUAAUGAUGUACGUAUCAAAAAUGGUACCGACCUCAGAUAAAGGACGUUUUUAUGCUUUUGGUCGUGUAUUCUCCGGAAAAGUCUGCACGGGAAUGAAGGCCCGUAUUAUGGGACCCAAUUUCCAACCUGGAAAAAAAGAAGAUCUUUAUGAAAAAGCAAUUCAACGUACCAUUCUUAUGAUGGGUCGUUAUGUUGAAGCAAUUGAAGAUGUUCCGUCAGGAAAUAUCUGCGGUCUUGUUGGUGUUGAUCAAUUCUUAGUUAAAACCGGUACCAUUACUACCUACAAAGAUGCUCACAAUAUGAAAGUCAUGAAAUUCUCUGUAUCUCCAGUUGUGCGUGUAGCUGUAGAACCUAAAAAUCCGGCAGAUUUGCCUAAACUUGUUGAAGGUCUUAAACGUCUGGCCAAAUCAGAUCCUAUGGUACAAUGUAUUAUUGAAGAAUCUGGAGAGCACAUUAUUGCUGGUGCAGGUGAACUUCAUCUUGAGAUUUGCUUGAAGGAUUUGGAAGAAGAUCACGCUUGCAUUCCAAUUAAAAAAUCUGAUCCAGUUGUAUCAUACAGAGAAACUGUAUCGGAAGAAUCUGAUCAACUAUGUUUAUCUAAAUCACCAAACAAACAUAAUCGUUUGUUCAUGAAAGCUAUGCCUAUGCCUGAUGGUCUUGCUGAAGAUAUUGAUAAAGGUGAUGUUAAUCCAAGAGAUGACUUUAAAAUACGAGCUCGUUAUCUCAGUGAUAAGUAUGAUUAUGAUAUAACUGAAGCAAGAAAAAUUUGGUGCUUUGGUCCUGAUGGCUCUGGACCAAAUAUUCUUGUUGAUUGUACAAAAGGAGUACAGUAUCUUAAUGAAAUUAAGGAUUCAGUUGUUGCUGGAUUCCAAUGGGCAACAAAAGAAGGUGUUCUUUCUGAAGAAAAUCUUCGAGGUGUUCGAUUCAAUAUCUACGAUGUGACACUUCAUGCUGAUGCUAUCCACAGAGGUGGUGGUCAAAUCAUCCCAACCACCAGACGUUGUCUUUACGCGUGUCUUCUUACUGCCGCUCCUAGACUUAUGGAACCAGUGUAUCUUUGUGAAAUUCAAUGUCCUGAAGUUGCUGUUGGUGGAAUUUAUGGUGUACUCAAUCGCAGACGUGGCCAUGUAUUUGAAGAACAACAAGUUGCUGGAACACCUAUGUUUGUUGUCAAGGCUUACUUACCUGUAAAUGAAUCCUUUGGUUUCACUGCUGAUUUACGAUCACACACUGGUGGCCAAGCCUUCCCACAAUGUGUCUUCGACCACUGGCAAAUACUACCCGGUGAUCCACUUGAUGCUGGAAGUAGACCUUACCAAGUCGUACAGGAAACGAGAAAACGAAAAGGAUUGAAAGAGGGUCUCCCAGACUUGAGUUCAUAUCUUGAUAAAUUGUAACCAAUUUGGAUUCUUAUACUCUAUUUGAAUAUAUUUAAAUAUUGUAAUUGAAUUGAUUGAUGACGCUGGAAUAAUGUAUAGCGCGACGUCAGUUUACUUUCGGUGGCUUUUGUUUUAGUAAUUAAAUUGUUAUCACGCGCGAAGAAUUGGUACAUAAAAAAAAAGAUAUUACAGGAUUGUCUUCGCUGAAAAAAAAAUUAAUUGUAGCCACUGUAACAAAAUCUAAUUCUAAUAUAAAUCCUGUAAUUUUUUACAUUACUUUUUUUAUAAUUCAGCUUCUAAUUACAAUUCUUUAAUAAGUUUUUCAUUUUUUCAAACGACUGAGUAAAUGAAUUACUACGCGGAAUACGAAUUAAGUGUAUUCAUUUCACGAAAGAAUACCCAAAAGAAACGGACAAAUAUAAAAAAAAAUAAUGCAUUAAA